AUGGCUCCUUUGAAACCUAGAGCUCCCUCUGUUGAGGAAAGAGUAUCAAAGAGUCGUGUUCUUAAUGCUCUUUUGUUAACAGCUCUUUCCAUUGUCUUCAUAAUUGUAUGGGGUUACCAUUCAGUAUGGGCUGUGAAAGUCAUGUUAAAUAGAACUUAUGGAGGUUUUAUUAAUAAUUUAAUCUAUGGACCUGGAACAUUUGUGGUGGAUGUUGCUCUUGGCUUCAGAUUUAUCACAUACUUAAACUUUGUAUUGCUUGACGAAAAAUUGGACGUAGAUCACAAAAAGUACUUGUGA